AUGGUGGUCGACGUUGAAUCACAAACUGAUCAUACUCAUCAUCAUCAUCAAACAACUUCUAUCUUCAAGAAAUUAUCUAAUCAUGACCAUGUUACAUUGAAGUUUGAAGAUGUUGUUUACAAGAUUAGACCUAAAGAUGGUGGAGUACUAUCCAUAUUUAAGAACAAAGUACAAGAAGAGAAAACAAUCUUGAAAGGAGUAAGUGGAAUUGUCCGGCCAGGUGAGAUGUUGGCCAUACUUGGACCUUCCGGCAGCGGCAAGACCACUCUCCUCGGCGCCAUUGGUGGCCGCCUCCGAAGUCUUGGACAUCUCACCGGAAAAAUAUUGUUCAAUGACAGUCCUUUCUCUAAUACUAUGAAGAGAAAAACUGGUUUUGUUACUCAAGACGACGUUCUUUAUCCUCACCUUACUGUCACAGAAACCCUAGUUUUCACUGCCCUUCUUAGGCUACCGAACAGCCUCACCAAAGAUGAAAAGACCAAGAGUGCGGAGGCUAUCAUAGCUCAACUUGACCUAACCAAGUGCAAGGAUAACAUAAUUGGGAAUUCUCUUCUUAGGGGAGUUUCCGGGGGAGAAAGGAAGAGGGUUAGUAUAGGGCAAGAGAUGCUCAUUAACCCUAGUAUUUUGUUUUUGGACGAGCCUACUUCCGGCCUUGACUCAACCACAGCCCAACGAAUAGUAUCGACGCUUUGGGACUUGGCGAAUGGCGGUGGGAGGACGAUCGUGAUGACGAUCCACCAACCUUCGAGUCGACUUUUCUACUUGUUUCACAAGGUGAUGUUGUUAUCUCAAGGAAAUCUCAUGUACUUUGGAAAAGGAAACGAGGCAAUGGAAUACUUUUCUAGGAUUGGUUACGCCCCGUCAAUCGCAAUGAAUCCUGCUGACUUUUUACUAGAUCUCGCAAACGGUAUAUUACCGGAUGAAGAAGGCGGGGAGGAAUAUCAUUGUACUAAUGUAAAGAAUACAUUAAUAUCCUAUUUCAAGAACAACAACGAAGUAAAAAGCUUGACGAAAGAGCUUCAAGUGACCACCAACGAUUUCCACGAGAAUUCAAGAGAAAAAAGGAAGGAUCAUGGAACUCGAAAGUGGUCUACUACAUGGUGGCAACAAUUCACGGUUUUGUUUAAAAGAGGGUUGAAGGAAAGGAGGCACGAGUCCUUUUCGGGACUCGUGAUUGCUCAAGUCCUUUUUGGAGCUAUCCUUUCGGGACUCUUAUGGUGGAAAACCGAUGCCGAUAAUAUACAAGAUCAGGUUGGUCUCAUUUUCUUCAUAGUCAAUUUUUGGGGAUUCUCUCCGUUAUUUCAAGCCAUCUUCACGUUCCCUCCAGAACGUGCGAUACUCGAAAAAGAAAGAUUGUCGGGAAUGUACAAACUCUCGUCCUACUUUAUGGCAAGAACUAUGGGCGACUUGCCGAUGGACCUCGUACUUCCCACACUUUUCGUCACUAUAACCUAUUGGAUGGCCGGGCUCAAACCUGCAGCCCCAAACUUCUUCGGAACACUUUUCACAACACUACUUUCCGUGGUUGUCUCGAGUGGAUUCGGACUUGCAAUUGGGGCCAUGGUGAUGGACCAAAAGUUGGCAAUUACUUUGGCCUCAAUGACAUUUCUUACGUUACUAUUGGCUGCCGGUUAUUAUGUCCAACAUGUUCCUAACUUUGUUUCAUGGAUAAAGUAUGCCUCGUUUACUCAAUAUGUUUUCAAGCUUUUGUUGGAUAGUCAAUUCAAGCAAGACGACACUUACCCUUGCGACAAUGGGACGUGUUUGGUUCGAGAUUUUCCUUCGGUGAAGGCGGUGGGACUUGGAGAUCAAGCGAUGUCGAUAUUGGCUUUGAUGUUAAUGUUGGUGUUUCUUAGAGUUGUUGCAUAUAUUGCUCUCAUGAGGAUAGGUGUGACAAACAAAUUAUGAAUUGCUAUUAUGUUGCUAGCUAUCAUUUGAAAGGGGAGGAUAAUUAGUCAAACUUAUUUUAUAUGC